GGCCUCUUAACUCGUUUUCACAGCCCCCGACAACCACCACUGUUCUCCAGAAAAUGACAGCGAUACUAAUGGGCACGUGGAACAGAAACUCUCAGACACUUCACUCGUCGCUGCUAAUUUGACUAAUGUUCAAGCCAUUCCUGGAUCCUCUCAUGUACCGGCCCAAUAAAUGUACCUUAUUCUCAAAUUCCAAUAUCCCAUUCCGCAGGGCCUAUGUUGAUGUUACAUUGUCAACGAAGUACAAUGUAGUUUAUCCUAGAGUUUCAUUCAUCCGGAGUACCUUUCGAGCAGUACAUUACUUGCUCUGAUAGGUUUCUCUUUCAGUCUACACCCUGUAAUGUCAUGUGUAAUACAGUGCUAAAGCUCUCAUUAUCAUCACCGUGUAUUUAUUGAUGUAUGUGUAUACAUUGUCUGGUUAAAAUACUUGCACCAAUAGCCCAUGACGAUCUAAUGCGUUGCACGUCCACUAGGCAUCGCAAGCUUUUGGCUUUAGGUGGAAGUGGAACAAGGCCAGCUUCGCCCACCUUCUCCAACGCUCCUCCUGCUUGAUGCAGCGUAUAGCUGGGAGCGACCACAGAUGGCGCCCAUUAAAUCAUCGUUCGCAAAGUUCAUGUUUGAUAACUACGGCAUUGUUGUUAUUCCACCACUUUCCGAGGCCGCUACUCAUCUCAAGCUGCUGGACAUUCUUGUCCAGCCUUCGAAAAAGCUUGGAAAAUCUGUGUUAGAGGGAGCUGGCUCCAUGGUCGAACUGGGGAGUUUUGAGGAGCCUAACUAGCAAACCGAAAAGACUUUAUGAGAGGUGCUCAAGGAGAUCGAGGAGGUCGAAGGGAGCAAAACUGGGCUAUUCAAGUGGGUUGAAGGGAAUCAGAGCAUCAGCGAAACAUUCGCCUCAAUGAAAUGCUUCACAGGCUCUAUUAUAACUGGCUUGGUGGACGCAGAUCUGACUCCGUUGUCCAAUGCCAAAGCACUGACUUGUACAUUGGAGAAUUUUACUACUGCAUGUGUGGAUAAAUCGUAUCUUAAGUCGAUCAUAGGACGGGGUUUGUGGUUGCCGAACUUCGCGCGCCACCGUCUAGAGCAGUCAGCGUGAACAAGCUGUUUCUCGGGGUUUCAAUCGAAAAGGCCAGUCAAGAUGUGGGUGGUGCAUUAAUUAGUGUAUGUCACAAAGCUGACUGUGAGAGUUCAAUUCAUCUUAGCCCAGUCUGCAACUGACCAUGGCUGCAGUUCCACUGCCAGCACCUCUUGUGCCAGGGGUAGCAGGAAAGUUGUCACUGGAAUCCAAUGUAAGUUUAGAUUAUGUGGUAGAUGAGUGUUAUGAAGCUGCAAAUGGGGAUUAUGCAAUGGCAUGUGAGUAUGAUGCCAAGGCAGACUGGUGUUACUCAGAGGCAUAUGGGUGUCAUGCAGAGGCAGAUGGCAUUGGAGAUGAGAAUGAGAUUGUGUAUGCACAUAGAUAUUGUGAAGAGGCAGAUAAGUAUGUGGCAAUGCAUGAAAAUGCAUAUCAUGAAGAGGCAGAGGAGGAAAACAUGCUGCCAUUAUUCAGACUAUUCCUCCAGGUCAAUGAUGAUGACAUAGAAGGCAAUGGCAUGGUCCUUGAUGUGGAGCCUUGUGAGAUACACCUCAACCUUAACAAUUCUCACCCUUAGGUCACUCAUUUUUGAGCAUCCUCCUGCACUCCUACAACUUACACUAAGCAGCAUCUCCACAUUUUCUAAUACAUCAGCUUGGGAAUGCAUGCACUGUAUUAGUAGAUUUUGUUACAAAUUUACUAAAAGGUAUAUCCUAACACAUAGAAGAUGGAUUUCAGGUGUUUUUUUUUAUAAUAAAUAUGCUUUAGAGGUUUUGAUUA